ACGCGGCCCUGCUGGGCUCCGUGGUGCUGGGUGAGGAACAGCUCGGUCCAAAGAGGAGCUCCGGCAUCGGCACACCGACGGGCUGCAGUGCUCUUCUGCGCUGAGCUGCUGGAGGUGAGCGGUGCAGAACAGCGCUGUGCCUGCGGAAGGCAGUUAAGCAGCGAAACUAGAGAAGGAAAGGAGAAACACAUUGAAUUUAUCACCUCCCAGGAGCAGCUUCCAAACUGCGGGGAAGAAUGCACUUGUAUGGAGGAAGCAAGAACUGGGCUUUGCCAGCAGCUUUCCUCCUCGCUGUGGUUUACGGCUGCUGUCUAGACUGGGCCACUGAGCUUCUGUUCAGCAGAUGCUAGGCUGUGCCAAAACAGCCUCUGCCUCAACUUGCAAGCUAUGCUGACAGUGUUAAAUGGGAUGUUCUUCCCCGUCGGCCUUCUUUAUGGUGAAAGUUUUGAACUGAAGCAGCGAGUGCCUUAUGUGGAUUUAGCAAAGCAAAGUACUAGAAUAGAGUUCUCCAAACCUCAAGUGCUCACUCAGUGCGAGGGAUAGGGCUGAUGAGCUCCACCCCACCUGCCAGGCACUGCUAGGCAUGAGGUGACUGCUGCGUGAUGGCAGCUGUGAACUUCUCCAGGCCUUAAACCUUGCUCCUUAUAGGAGAUGCGAGGACAACUUUUAAGAGGAACCUGUGCCUACCUACCAAGACAGAACACACUGAGCAAGUGCUGUAGAAGCCCGCUUGCUCUUAUGGUUCCCCUUCUAGAGCCCCCAGCUGUAUGGAAGCUGCAGCGUGCUGCCUGAGCUCCAGCACUCUUGUUCCUGCAGACUCUCUCACUACAAGUCUUGCAAUAAUGAGGCUCUCUUUUCCUGCUGAUAUCGUGGCUCUUAAGACUGUUUUGAGUGUUCAGCAAAGAAAAGGGCCUUUAUCUCCCAGUGCUGCUGGUAAAGUGGAAUAAGCAGGAGUGGCUCUUGCAGCUGUAAAGCUCCAAGUGGAGCUGACUCCUGGGUUGGCUGAGCAUCUUUUCUCUCCCAAUGACUAAUCCUCAAAUUAAGCCAGGCUGCUUCCAAGCUGAGAGCGCUGAGUACUUGUUCUUCCAAACCAUGUUCCUGUGCAGCGGCAGAAAACAGCUGAUGAAGCUGAAUCCUAAACCCUCACAGACGUUGGCGCUCUGCUUAGGCAGGAAUGGAUCUGCAGGGAUGCUUUGCCUUCCCAGCUGGUCCCUUCGGACUGCCCUGGGAGUCCUGUGCUGAUAGCAGGAGACCCCAGAGCAUCCCUGUUUAACAAAGUGAAUGAUGGGAGCCAGUGAUGGGGCAUGAGCUGCGCAGCAGCCAGCACCUGGGGACAGAGCUGGCACUCACUGAGCACUCGAAGAGACAGCCUUGUCUGGAGCCACAGCACAGCUAUGGAAAUUAGUGUGUCUACUCUUUGAAACAGAACAGAGUGCUCUGCUGGAACCAACAGCGUGACAUCGUGCUUUCAUUCCCUGCCUGCUUUUAAACUGGAUAUGGAGGAAUCCACUUGGAGUUGUUCACUGCAGAAAAUGAGGAGAAAAAGAUGGCAAUAGCCAGAAUCAGGAAAGAAAUGUGCGAUAAUUGCCUGCCACUGCCUGUGCAGAUGGGCCAACCAGGGGCAGAGCAUGCAGCUCUAAUUCUGAUAGAACCACACUGUACUCAUGUUUGCGUUCACAAAGAUCUUUGCAGUCCAGAUGACAGCCCCACUCACUCUCCUGAGAUGCUUCUGACCCCUUCUGAGUUCAGGGUUUCCUCUGUGAAACCUCCAUGCUUUUCAUGCCAUUAGACUAAAAUAUAACACUACAUGAAACCGAUUACUUGGAGAUACAUAUUCUGAGAAAUGAGCUCUCAUGAGCUCUGAGACCCUUUGUGCAAGGAAAACCUAGCAGUCCAUGCUUUGUUAAGGGAAGACUCCUCUUUUCUUGCAUUUGUCCAGCAACGUUUUUAAACAGAAUGAUUCACAAAAUGAAUUGUUUGGGGGCACUGUUUCUCAGAUGUGGAUUCUGAGAAGACUUUUGUGUCUUGUGUAAUAAGAAGCUGCAAAGCUACUUACUCCUUUAUGCAUCUUUCUGAUGUGGGGCUUGAUGCCAGCAUCAAAAUUCUGUCCUUUGCUGGACCAAAAGAACCAUUGGCAGCUCUGUGACAUUAAUUUCUGCAAGGCUAAGUGAUAAUUCAGGCAGAUUAGUGAAUCGGUCUCACGCACUGCAGUGAUCUGAUCUCGUGGCUCCUUCUAGAAAUGAAAUUCUUCAAUCCCAAACAUAUAUUUUUCCUAUCAAAACACAAGACAUAUGUAAGUGCCAGCAAGAAACAUGGCAGUGUGUUGGUUCUAUCCUGGUCUGUGAUUACCAGGACAUGAGAAACCAGACCUUGGGUGUGGAGUUGCUUUGGGAAUGCGCAGGAGAAACUCGCACAGAUGCUGUGCAGGUCUGCGUGAAGCUGAUCUCUCUCUCAAAACUCAGGGUAAAAUGAAAAACUGUCCUUGGGAGAGCAGCUCCUGAGAGCUGUGACGGAGCCCCGCGGAUCGCUGCCUCCCUAAGGCUCAGCCCAGCCUGGAGCUGGGUGGCUUUGCUGCGAGGAUGGAAGUGCUGCGCCGCUCCUCCGUCUUUGCUGCAGAGGUGAUGGAGGUGUUUGACAGGUCUCCCACUGACAAGGAGCUUGUGUCCCAAGCCAAGGCUCUCUGCAGGGACUACAUCAACUCGAGGCUGAUCCGUGCAGGCGUCAGCUGGAGCAAACCUGAGCACAAUACCCCGAUGCCUGGCGGCAAGCUGGCUGAGGUGUCUGCCAUCCUGCUGCGCCUGGGGGACGAGCUGGAAUACAUUCGCCCCAACGUCUAUCGCAACAUCGCCCGCCAGCUGAACAUCUCGCUGCACUCGGAGACGGUGGUGACGGAUGCUUUCCUGGCCGUGGCUGCACAGAUCUUCACUGCAGGCAUAACAUGGGGCAAGGUGGUGUCUCUCUACGCCGUGGCAGCAGGGCUGGCAGUGGACUGUGUGCGUCAUGCACAGCCAGCCAUGGUCCACACCAUCGUGGACUGCCUGGGAGAGUUUGUCCGCAAGACCUUGGUGACGUGGCUGAAGAGGCGAGGAGGCUGGGCAGACAUCACCAAGUGCGUGGUGAGCACCGACCCCAGUCUCCGCUCCCACUGGCUCGUGGCCGCCAUCUGCAGCUUUGGGCACUUCCUCAAGGCCGUCUUCUUCGUGUUGCUGCCCGAGAGAUGAGUCCCACUGCCCCGUGCCCCAUCUCCUCCCCCACUCCAGAAGCAGUGGCCGUGGGCUCUGAAGAGGAGGAAAAGAAGAACUGGUACGGACGCAACUUGUUCUCCACUCCCUUAGCUGGUGGCAGCUGAUGGACUUCAUUCUCCUUUGAUGGCCACAGGAGCCUCUCCCACCGUUCAUGUCCCAGGAACCCUGUUUCCCAUGGGGACCAGAGGAGGAAGGAGCUACGAUUUGAAAUGAAAUGGGAAGAAGAGAGGAGGAGCAGCCCUCCCUCACUGCAUGCGAUCGCCUUUCAGUCUUCAGACUCGCCUUGUGUCACUUCUUGUUGUGUUUUGCUAAGACUCCAUCUCCUCCUCGCUCUCUGGACUCGCUCCUCCUCGCUCUGUGUCACUGGGCUCUCCCCACAGCACAGCGUGACAGACGGUACCGUGCUGUGAUGGGAUUUGCAUGGGAUGAAACCAAAUGUACCAUCAUCAGAUGCUUCCCCCUCUGACCUUCCUUGGGAAAUGCAUUUUGUGGUGUGUGUGCAGAGCAGCUGCAUGGGAUGCAGUUGGCAAGGGUGCUGCUCUGACCUCUUACGGAGCCCGCAUGCAUCACAUGAGACAAGGAAUUGAGCAACAACUCAGGUUGGAAUUUUGCAGUGAAGGCAAAGCUCAGUUUGUAAGUGGGACAGGUGAGAUGAGGGAAGCAGUGAGAGAGCUGCCUGGUGUCACGAACGGGGAAAGCUGUGUCAAAAGGAACUGCUUUAUUUUUCUCCCUUAUUGUCUUCAGGAGUACAGCCCAUAGCCCUCUUUGUAUUGUACAAUAAAAGCAAGUAGGUGUUGUUUAUUGUAAA